ACUGAGAGUUUUGAAAGGUCAGAGAGUGUAGCACGGAAGAGUUGUGUAGUGUUGCGGAAUACCGGUGUUGAUGUCUGUCAUUUGGUCUUCGUCGUGUCGGUAAUAAUAAAUACACAAAAAUGACGGCUUUCGAAGAGAUGGGUGUAUUACCAGAAAUUGCCAAAGCUGUUGACGAAAUGGACUGGAUGUUGCCAAUGGAUGUCCAGGCUGAGGCAAUACCAUUGAUUUUGGGUGGUGGAGAUGUUUUGAUGGCUGCAGAAACUGGCAGUGGUAAAACUGGUGCCUUUUGUCUCCCAAUUAUUCAAAUCGUCUGGGAAACUUUGAAGGAUCUUGAGGCUGGCAAAGGCAGUACGCCUAAAGUUAUUGCUCAGACAUCACCACACUGGACCCUCAGUUUCUUUGACAGGGGUCAUGCAAUGGCUGUAACACCAGAUGGACUGAGAUGUCAAUCACGGGAGCAGAAGGAAUGGCACGGAUGUAGAGCAACGAAAGGUGUCCAAGGGAAGGGUCGUUACUAUUACGAGGCAACAGUUACUGAUGAAGGCUUGUGCAGAGUUGGGUGGUCCACACAACAGGCUAACCUCGAUCUUGGAACUGACAAAUUUGGCUUUGGAUUUGGAGGCACUGGGAAGAAGUCAAACAACAAACAGUUUGACAGCUAUGGUGAAGAAUUUGGGAUCCAUGACACCAUUGGGUGCUUUCUUGAUUUGGACUCGGGGGAAAUAAAGUUCUCAAAAAAUGGUGUUGAUUUAGGCAAGGCUUUCUCAAUUCCACCACAAAUAAAAAACUCUGCAUUCUUCCCAGCAGUUGUUCUAAAGAAUGCAGAGAUGUCAUUCAAUUUUGGGACACAACCUUUCAAACAUCCACCAACUGAUGGAUAUUUGGCCAUUUGUGAAGCUCCUAAAGAAUAUGUGAAGCAAAAUGAAACUGGAACUGGAGCUGCUUCAUCACAGAGCAAGUCAGUGAAGAAUGCUCCUCAGGCAAUUGUUAUAGAGCCAUCUCGUGAAUUAGCUGAACAAACAUAUAACCAGAUAAUUAAGUUCAAAAAGUACUUGGAGAAUCCAAAAGUACGUGAACUGUUGGUGAUUGGUGGUGUCAAUGUCAAGGACCAAAUUGCAGCACUGAUGGCAGGAGUUGACAUAGUUGUGGGAACACCAGGCCGCUUGGAGGAUCUGAUAUCUGCUGGUCAUCUCUCUCUCACUCAGUGCAGAUUUUUUGUUUUGGACGAAGCUGAUGGUCUUCUCAAACAGGGCUACACUGAACUCAUCGACAGAUUACAUCGUCAGAUCCCAAAAAUUACAUCUGAUGGCCGAAGACUGCAGAUGAUUGUCUGUUCAGCUACUCUACAUGCUUUCGAAGUGAAAAAAAUGGCGGAACGUCUCAUGCAUUUUCCCACAUGGGUUGACUUGAAAGGUGAAGAUGCUGUUCCUGAAACUGUACACCAUGUUGUGGUAAUGGUAGACCCCCAGAAGGACUCAAAUUGGCACAAUCUACGUCGCCAUAUUCAAACUGAUGGUGUCCAUGCGAGAGACAAUGUUCGGCCAGGAAAUAACACUGCAGAAACACUUUCUGAAGCCAUCAAGAUGCUGAAAGGUGAAUACUGUAUGCGUGCAAUCAAUGAACACAAAAUGGAUCGGGCAAUAAUAUUUUGUAGAACAAAGCUGGACUGUGACAACCUGGAGAAAUACAUGAACCAAUUGGGUGGUGGCCCUCACAAUCGGGGCAAUCCAUAUUCAUGUGUUUGUCUACAUGGAGACCGUAAACCUGCAGAGAGAAAGAGCAACCUUGAAAAAUUCAAACGCCAAGAAGUGAAGUUUCUUAUUUGUACAGAUGUAGCAGCAAGAGGUUUAGAUAUUUCUGGACUACCAUUUAUGAUCAAUGUCACAUUGCCUGAUGAAAAGUCCAAUUAUGUACAUCGCAUCGGUAGAGUUGGACGAGCGGAAAGGAUGGGUCUAGCAAUUUCACUUGUGUCAUCUGUGCCAGAAAAAGUGUGGUAUCACGGUGAAUGGUGUCCUAGUCGAGGACGGAAUUGUCACAACACUAGAUUGACUGAUGAAGGAGGCUGCUGCAUUUGGUACAAUGAACCACAGUACUUGGCAGACAUAGAAGACCAUCUGAAUGUGACUAUCCAGCAAGUUGAACCCGAUUUAAAAGUUCCUGUUGAUGAAUUUGAUGGGAAGGUUGUUUAUGGUCAGAAGAGGCAGAAUGUUGGUUCAUCAUAUGAGAAUCACGUAGCACAAAUGGCACCUUCUGUGAAGGAGCUAGCACAGCUGGAAAGCAAGGCACAGCUCAUAUAUCUUAAACGACAGUACAUAAAGGAGGGCCGUGCUUGGUAACUUGACAUCUAAUAAAUGUUCAUAAAGAUGUCACAUUAAUUCAGAAUGACUGUGUAGGUCCUUUACAGAGGAUCAGCUUACAACAUGGAGUAGAUGCAGUGUAUCUCAUAAUAUUAAUUUUUGUAAACAUCUUAUUUAUAGUUAUGUUUCUGAGAUCGUCAGUCUUGAAUUAACUUUCAGAAUUGACUGGACAAGGAAAUUCAAGUUUAUGGCAGUGGUAACAUUCUGAUGAUUCACUACAAAUGAGACUUAACUUGAUUGCUGUUCUCCAAUAACAAAAAUAAAACAAAUGUAAAAAUUUGCUCAUUAAAUAUUUAUAUGUUGAACUCCA